GCAUAGCCCGCACUCUAAACAACUUAAAACUUAGACUCAGACUCCGAGUCGGAGUUUAGUUGGAGUUGGAGCCGGUGACGUUUGUUGCACCCCCCUCCUCCACCUCGUUGGAUUAUUCAUGCGUGCAACGGCCCACAGCAGCGGAAGAAGGAGAAGUGAAACGAAGAUGACACUGCGUUUAGUCAGCAUAUUAUCGGUGGCAUUCAUUUCUAUAUUGCCCGCACAGUUGGAUGCAUUUAUCACGCAGAAUACAGGCUGUCAUCAUAAUGGCACCUGGUAUGCGGACAAAUCGGUGGUGCCCAGCAUGGAAAAAUGCCUCAACUGUCAGUGCAAUCGAAAGACUCUCGUCUGUCGAUUAAAAGUUUGCCCGGAGAUGCCAAUGCCACCGCCACGUGGCUGUGUCGUGGUGCAAAAGAAGAACACCUGUUGCCCCUAUUUGUCGUGUGCCCGAUUGGAUGCCUUCUACAAGAUACCCACCAAGCGACGCAUCAUCGCCUAUCUGGAUCACUAUGAGCGAGAGUCUAUCGAUCGGGUGGUCAAUGACAAUAUGCUACAGAGGCGCUCAGAUGACUCGGACGUCGAAUUGUUUGUGUGUGUAAAGAAUGGAACUGUGUACAAGUCGGGAUCGGCAAUGUCCUCAUCAAAUCUGUGCAGCUAUUGCUACUGCAUUGGGGGUAGUGAAAAGUGUGUCAAGCCCAAAUGCAUGUUGCCCGUGGACGGCUGCAAGCCGAUAUUUGUCGACUCCACUUGCUGCCCGGUGAGGUACGAUUGCAGCAGCAAGACUUCGGGCAAAUCGUCACAGGAAGUGCGCUAUCGAAAGAACUCCAAUAAGCACUUCCAGCGCAUGUCGCAGCGAUUGCAACGGAAUCGCGGCUGCACCGUAGACUCCCAGUUCUAUGCCGAGGGACAGAAGAUGCGUUCGGAUGCGGACAGGCCGUGUGACAUAUGUUUCUGCAUACGCGGCACAAGACGCUGUGCGCCCAAGAAAUGUGCUCCAGCUUUGAAGAAUUGCAUUCCGGUGGUGCCGAAGGGUCAGUGUUGCCCCUCCAGUUACGAUUGCGGCAGUCAGCGGGAUUAUCGACGUUCGCAGAGCUCACGUCAAUUUAAUUUGUACAAUCUAUUGUUUGGCAAGGAGGAGCAGGACUUGGAGGCAGGAGCAGCUGCGACGCUGAUGCCACAAAAUUCAAUGGCCGAGCAUUAUCCACUGGAUCGUCAUCCCACCGAGCCGCCCGUGGGCGAUGCCCUUCUGGCAAGCAGCCAGAAGAGCAUUUUUGAUACUUUACGCGAAGGUCUCGAGUUCAUCGAUGGCAACAACAAUAAAAUGCUGGCCAACAACAUGGACUUGGUGGGGCGUCCAUCGAGCACAACAGCAAUGCCCUCCAUUAGUACGGAAGUUACGCCUGAAGCAAGCAGCACCACUGAGCUGAGUUUUCUAGACUUGCUGCUGGGACCCAGCACGGAAAAUGAGGCAACCAUCCCGCCAGAGUCAACAACGUCAAAGAAACCCAUGUCCUGGGUAGAUAUACUGCUGGGUCCCGAUGACGAGGAGAUUGCCACAGUGACCACAGAGACCCUUGUGGAUGAGAGCACAGAAAUGCCAACCUCAGUUAGCACCACAAAGCAUAGCAUAGAACGCAUUGCCGAUGAUUUCGAUGAUCAUUUAGAGGACGGCGAGAUUGCUGUGGGUGAACUACCAGCGGAGGCGCAACAAAUUGUUCUCUCCAACACGGCAAACUGGCCAUCACCUAGCACCACUGCUAAACCACCCAGUCUAUUAAAUGUUCUAUUCGAAAAUCUAUCCGAUAUGCUUGAUAAUAAUUUAACUAGCACAACAACAACCACAACAACCACAACCACCACCACUAGACAGCCCAUUGUUUUCCAUGCACCACCUAUGUUUCGUCCGCUGGGCAGCAAUAAACCACACCACAUUCGCAUUAACUCCAAGCUAGCCAAUCUAACGGUCACACCACCCAUGGUUGUGGUGACUAGUAAAUAUGGACAGCCAGUAACCUACAGAAAUAUGCCCAGCACCACCAGCACUACAACAACAACCACAACUACUUCUAAGCCAAUACAAGCAGUUAGCACCACUAAAAAGGUGUCUACGACAAGCACAACUACACCGAAGCCCACAACAACAACCGCGAAGCCGAAGCCAAGCCGAACCACCAGACGAACAACCACAACAAGCAAACCGCCAACCACAAGCAAAUCACCCACAACAACCAAGCCACCAACAACAACAACCACAUCGAAGCCCACAACAAGAACCACCAAAACAACCGUCCGUCCUAGCUCAAAGCGCAACCAAACGGUUCACAUAACAAGCACCACCAAACCGCUGAUCAUCAAAACGAAUCCAACUAUUUUGGAAGCAGAACCUUUGGAUGACAACGAUGACAUUGCACCUACCUUGCCGCCCAGUUUGCCUAAUCUUAAGAUCAUACCGUUUCUGCCCACGGAUGCGGUGGAUACAGCACCCCAGCUGCAACCACAUGACAACUACAACCAUCAAAAUUACUAUCAGCAACCACAUGGAUUGCAUUCCUCGCAAGUGGCUUCCGAUAAAAUGGAUAUUGACAUAUUUGACUCGCCCUACGCUGAUCAAACACAAUCACACACCAACAACUACAACAGCAUCAAAAACAACAACAACAACAACCAGAAUGAUCAGGCAGCCUAUAAAUACAAAUUCAAUGUGGAGGUGCCGACAGUUGAAACGGCACCCGAGCCUGUGGUGCAAGUGGGCGGCAAAUACGAGGGCAGCGCUGGCUAUGUGAAAUACGAUUUCAAAGAUCAAGUGGUGCAACCGCCAGUAAAUAGUGGCUUCUCACCACCCACCGAAACGGAGGGCGGCUUUAUGCCCAAGGAUCCGUUGGUCAUCGAUGGCGAAGUGCUGCAGGAUCAUGUGACAUCGAAUGUCCUGCUGGGCGAUAACUAUCAUGUCACACAGCAUCUGAUUGAUAUAACAACACCUCAGGAUGGCAACGAUACGGCAUCAAUAGAAAUCACAACACCAGAUCCCUUUAAGGAUGUAAUACACACGGAAAGCUCACCGAAUCUCGACGCCCUCAUUGAGGAUCACCAGCACAAGAAACCACCAGCGCAACAGGAACAACAACAGGAAGAGCAACAAAAACAGCAGCUGCAACAACACAUCGAGAGUGUCACUUACAGCAUAAGCAAAUCAUCCGGCUCUAAAGCAACAGCAGCAACAACAGCAGCUGCACCAAUAACAACGACAACCAAACAAACAUCGCUGAUAGAUAAAAGUGAAAUAAAUAAACUGGAUGAGCUGCUGAAUGAACUGCUGGGCAUGAAUUUGCCCAGUCUAGCGGCGGCAACAGCAGCACCAACAGUCGACAGCAGCAGCAACAGCACAGUGCCGCCCUUCAAGAUAUUACCAACAGCCGCAGCCACAAGAGCAACCGCAGUGACUACAAGCACACAACGACCAACUGCCACGCCGCCAGCAGUACGUGGUCACAAAAAGGGCAACAAAACAAAGCAGAAGCCAUCGGGCAAUCGACGCAAUCAGCCUACGACAAUGACAACAAAACCAGUCAGAAACAAAGGUCAAAUAGCCACGCGUCGCACUCCCGUUAGCAACAGCAACAACAAUAACAACAGCAUUAACAGAAAUAGCUCAAUGGCCACCGCAGCGCAGACAAAUGCUAAAACCAAAAGUACACCACCAACUACAUUAAUAACAUCAUCAACGACAAAAACAGUAGAAGCAACAACAAGAACAACAGCAGCAACAAGCACAACAGCAACAGCAACACUUGCUACCAGCACAGUGCAUCCAUUUUUAAUGUCGCCAUUCGACAAAUUGCCCUUCAUGGACGCCAGCUAUGAAGUGAGAGCGCAACAGCAGCAACAGCAACAGCAGCAACCGUUGCAGCAAUUUCACCAUUAUCAGCAUGCGCCAAGCAGCAGCAGCAGCAGCACAACCACAACAACAACAGCAGCAACACCAAUCGCAGAUGCAAGUGGUGCCACCAGGGUGGGUGGUGCAAGCAGUGGUGUCGUCACUGCUGGUGACGGCCUUAUGGAUCCAACGGGCAUACUAAAAUUAGCUGGCUGCAAUAUAUACGGUCGCAUGUAUCGCGUUGGUCGCAUUAUAGUCGAGUUAUCCAAUCAAUGCCUUGAGUGCAAAUGCACCGAGGUGGGCGUUAAAUGCGGCCCAUUAGACUGUUAAUUUAAGCAACCCCCUCCCACUUUCCAAUCCACCCCUCCGCUUCGGCGUGCGUGUGUGCUUAACAUUUAAGCCAUCUCUCUCAUUUGCCUACUUUCCACCUAAGCUCUUAAUUUAUGCACAUAGCACUUAGUUACUUUUAAGCUAUCCGCUCUUUAAUGUAGUCGUAGGCUAGUUUUAGCCCACAAAUUGUAGCUUCCCUUAAG